AUGUCGAAUAGCGGCAAAGAGCAGACCGGCCAGCCGCCCUUGGAGAUCCAGAGGCCCGACUCGCCGGGCUCCUUCCGCAGCCGCUCCUAUGGCGCCUCCGUCCCUCGCGCCGAGGCCACUGCCCGCCUGGCCUCUCCUAUCCCGAGCCAGCAGUUCGGCACCCCUCCGAAUCCCCGAGCCGAAUCGGUACAUACAAGCGCAGACACCGGCGCCAGCGACGACGUGACACCCCUCGCCGGCGCAACCUCGUCGAGCCAUAUGCUCGGCCCUGGCACCUCUGCGCUUGCUGCUGCCCUCUCCAACUCUCUCGGCGCCUCUCCUCCUCGCUUCGGUACUCCUCCCGUGCGACCUUCGUCCCCAAGCGCCUCCAGCGGCCAGAUCCCCCAGUCUGCAACCCCUACCAACUAUGGCUCCUUCGACACGAGAGCCCGGAACGCCGCCUUCGAGGACCCUGAGAUCAUCAAGAGACAUCUGGUCCAGCCGUCUGAUACCGCGUACCAAUCCGAUGACUCGGGGAACAGAAAGCCCAGCGAUACGGCCGGGAAGGGCAAGCAGCCCGACACCGGAGCGAACGCUGCUCUGGACGACGAGGAGUUCUCGAGCUUGCGGUUGCAAGGCGGAGACAUCACCCGGCAGGUCUACAAGUGGACCGAGGGAGCUACCAACAAGAUACAACGCAGCAAGAGCUUCAACAUGCCGCGGCCUGAGCCCGAGGAGGAGGUCCUCGACAUUAACAACAUCAAGGUCCCGGGUGGCUUCAGGCGGAACUACCUCCGGCGCGCGGCUGGCAGCCCUGCGCCGAACGCAGGGGGUCGGGACUUUGGCGAGGGACUGGGCCAGCCCCAGCCUCAAGUAUUCACCUCGAGCUUCCUCGAGUUCCUGAGCAUGUACGGCCAUUUUGCCGGUGAGGAGCUCGAGGAAGACGACGAAGUGCUCAAGCCGGGCGAGUACUUCUCCUCAGGCGAGGACGAGUGGGAGAGUGACGAAGACUCGGACAUGGACAGGGAGCCGAUGGAGGACAGUGCUCUAUUGACACCAUCUCGCAGGAAAAGAAGAAGAAAGCACCGUGGAGGAAGCGGGAAGGCCAGUCCCACGGGGGCAGCUCUCGUGCUGCUCAAGUCGUUCGUUGGGACCGGCGUUCUGUUCCUCCCCCGGGCUUACCUCAACGGCGGCAUGGUCUUCAGCAACGCCGUUCUCCUCUUCGUCGCCGCUCUCAGCUACUACUGCUUCGUCCUACUGGUCACGUCGCGGCUCAAGGUCGAUGGUUCCUUUGGUGACAUGGGCGGCAUUCUUUACGGAAAAUGGCUUCGCUUCCUGAUCCUGUUCUCCAUCGUCGUCAGUCAGAUUGGCUUUGUCGCGGCCUACAUUGUCUUUGUCUCCGAGAACCUUCAGGCCUUUAUCCUUGCAGUUUCGGAUUGUCAGACCCAUAUACAAGUCAAGUGGUUGAUCUUGAUGCAGAUGGUCAUCUUCCUGCCGUUCUCCCUAUUCCGCGACAUCAAUAAGCUCAGCUUCACGGCCUUGAUCGCCGACGUGUUCAUCAUCCUCGGGCUGGGCUACCUCUUCUAUUACGAUGUCCUGACGCUCGAGAAGUUCGGCCUCGCCGACAUCACCCUGUUCAACAAGAACGACUGGACGCUCUUUAUCGGUACAGCUAUAUUCACCUUUGAGGGCAUUGGACUCAUCAUCCCGAUCCAGGAGUCGAUGGCCAACCCCAAGAAGUUCCCCAAGGUUCUCUUCGUGGUCAUGAUCAUCAUCACGACGCUCUUCAUCGUCAUGGGCGCGAUCUCAUACGCUGCCUACGGAUCCAAGACCGAGACUGUGGUCCUGCUCAACUUGCCGCAAGACAGCAAGCUGGUCAACGCCGUGCAGUUCCUUUACUCUAUUGCGAUCAUGCUGUCUAUCCCGCUGCAGAUCUUCCCCGCCAUCAGGAUCCUGGAAAACGGCCUUUUUACGCGGAGCGGGAAGUACAACCCGUACAUCAAGUGGCAAAAGAACGUCUUCCGCUUCUGUUUCGUCAUUCUCUGCGCUAUCAUCGCGUGGGCUGGCGCAGACGAUCUAGACAAGUUCGUGGCGUUGGUGGGCAACUUCGCCUGUAUCCCGCUCGUCUACAUCUAUCCGCCCAUGCUGCACUACCGCGCGGUGGCGAGAACUACGCUCUGGAAGGUAUCCGACAUUUGUCUCUGCAUAUUUGGUUUCGUUGCCAUGGCAUACGACGGCUCUGACUGUUCAGAGCUGGGCCAGUGGGGAGACAGGUCCAAAACUUCCAGGAUACUGUGA